AGGUACGAARCUSYUCUGAAAUUGUGCUCUUUUAACAGUCGACUGAUGCAAUCAUCGAACUCUAUAAAUCAUGCGAAUUGAACGARCUAUUCCGUYAGUUGAAUUUGAGMAGMGUUAGUGGACGGGCGUUUGGCAAGAGAUAUUACAUAACGUGGACCGAGUAACGGUAAAUUAAAUUUGAGAAUCAUGUGUGGCAUAUUUGCAAUAUUCUYCAGCGAUGGAUCGCCCAUAGAGGCACAGUGUUUGGAUGGCUGCAAGYAUAGUCUUCGCGAGUUGGCCUAUAGGCAGAGUGGCAGACAGCGACAUCGUGGACCCGACUCGACAGGCGUCCAGAUUAUACCAGAACACGGAGUGGCCAUGGUCCACGAGCGACUGCGCAUUGUGGGAGUCGAAUUGGGCGACCAGCCAUUUGUGUCGGAUGAUGGCAAUCUAUUGCUGGUGGCCAACGGUGAGAUCUACAACUAUCUAGAACUAUCUGCACAGAUAGCGAAAAGACGUGGCGGCUAUAAGCCAAAGAGUGACUGCCACGUCAUAUUGGAACUGUAUCAAGAUUACGGCGAAGAGCUGCUGCAGCACAUCACGGGCAUGUUCGCGUUUGCAUUGUACGACAAGACCACCAAGGAGGUGUUGAUGGCACGUGAUCCCUUUGGUAUUAUACCCAUGUACAUUGGCGAGGAUGCCAAGGGCAACAUAUGGGUGGCCUCCGAGAUGAAAUGCCUGACUGCCUGCUGCGAGAAGUUGGAGACAUUUACGCCGGGUGAGGCGCGCUACGGACGAGUGGGCAAUAUGCAUCGCUGGCGACACUUCGAGCAGCCCUGGAUGAAGCAGAUUCCCAGUUUGCCCUGCGACUUGUCGCUGCUGAGGACCAGCUUGGAGUCCGCCGUGCGCACCCAUCUGCAGUGCGAUGUUCACUUUGGCGCGCUGCUCUCUGGCGGCGUCGACUCUAGUCUGAUAGCAUCGAUUGCCACCAAGAUUAUGCGUGAGACCAAUCCGGACUACAGACUGAAGACCUUCUCGGUGGGCCUCAGAGAUGCACCGGACUUUGAGGCAGCUCGACAAGUGGCCAAGUACAUAGACAGUGACCACACGGAGCUCGUCUUUGAGAUUGAGGAUGCACUGGACGGCAUCCGGGACAUUGUCUAUCAUCUGGAAACCUACGAUGUGACGACUGUCAGAUGCAGCCUGCCUAUGCUGCUGCUGGCCCGUUACAUUAAGAGCACCGGCAUCAAGAUGAUCCUCUCUGGCGAGGGCGCAGAUGAGAUCUUUGGCGGAUAUCUCUACUUUCACAAGGCGCCUAGCUAUGAGCAAUUCCACGAGGAGCUGGUGAAGCGUGUACAGCAACUGCAUUUGUCCGACUGCUUGCGCGCCAAUAAAGUGUCCAUGGCGAAGGGCGUGGAGCUACGUGUGCCCUUCCUGGACACGGAGUUCGUCAACUAUGUGAUGAACAUACGGCCACAAGAUAAGAUUCCUGGGCCCCUUAACCAAUUCAAUGACGAGCAGAAGUCCAGGCUGGAGAAAUUUGUGUUGCGCGCUGCUUUUGCCGAGGACUAUUUGCCGGAUUCAGUGCUCUGGCGCCAGAAAGAACAGUUUUCGGAUGGCGUCGGCUAUGAAUGGAUCAAUAGCAUCCGCCGCGUAGCCACAAGCCACGUGGACGAUGCGGAGUUUGCGGCAGCUGCCGAGAGAUAUCCAUACAACACGCCAACGACAAAGGAAGCAUACUACUAUCGCACUAUCUUUGAGCAACACUUUCCUGGAGAUGCAGCAGCUCGGACAGUGGUGCGAUGGGUGCCACGCCUUGAUUGGGGCUGCCCAGAAGAUCCAUCGGGCAGGGCACAGGCGGUUCACCAGAAUUGUACAAAGUAAUAAAAGACUGAAUAGCUUAAGUUGCAUACAACUGAAUCCGAGAAAUCAAAAGUAAUUUGAUCGCAAAAGUAAAUGAAUUCUAUACACACAGUGGGCUGAAGAAAAAAUAA